CAACAUCAAUGUUAUAUAUUUAUAGAUAUUAAAUAAAAAAUAUUGACCCAAAUGGAUUCAUCACUAAGCAAUACAACAUUAAUAUCAAUAGCCGACAUGGCAGAACAAACUGAAACAAAUCGCAUCAUCAAGUCAAAAACAUCGCCUACAUCCGAACCACCAGAAAAUCAUAAUGACAAACCUGCUCAACCAUCCGAAACACCAAAGCAAAUAAUAACCAUAAAUUCAGAUUUAUCAAUGUUUCAGUUAUUUGAAACAACUACAUCUUCCUCACAUCAUCAUACAGAUAUGGCUCACCAUAAUAGCACCCUAAAUAAAAACAAAUGUAGAAGACAUAACCUGGAAAAACAUCUGUACCCACCUCAACACUUAAAGGACCAAUCUUACAACAACAUUCCAAAGACAUGUCGAAAUCCACAAACAUAGUAAUUACAAAAACUAAUACAUUAAAUAUAUUAAAAGAUCCUAUACCACAAACAAAACCAAUACCCCAAACUAACAUCCUAGAACCAUAUUUAGAACCAUCUAAAAACCCUUUCAAGAACACAUUAUAUGAUACACUCAUUCCAACAAAUUAACAGAAUAUAUACUAUUAUAUCCAAAGUCAAUAUCAGGUGGCUUCACAAAUUUAAGUACAUAUAACGUACCUGUAGAAGUUCAAAUUCUGUUAAGUUUCGGACCGAACUACUGUCCAAUAAAAAUACCUGAAAUA